UUUGCAGGUGGUACCAUUGAGUUAACCGGUGAUUUCUGAAUAGUUUCUUGUUUCCAGUUGUGGCUAUGCCCAACUGGAAGGUGGGUUAGUUAUGAAGCCCGUGAGGCUGCCGUGGAUAGAUCCUCGCAACAGAUGGACAUUUCCACCUUUCACAUGACUUGCAUUUCAGUCAUCAUGUCACUAUGGGAGAUACUCACUUUUAUCAUUUUACAAGCCUUAGUAAUGACAAAGGCUUUUCGCAUCGUCAUGCUUGACGUUCCCUCACCCACCAUACUCGGGGAAUCUGUGGAGCUGACAUGCAGCUAUGAAUUGGAUGAUGAGCAACUUUACUCAGUCAAAUGGUACAAGAACGAUGUUGAGUUUUAUCGUUAUGUUCCAAACGACUGGCCUCCUGGACAAUUCCUACCUUUACCGGGAAUCAGAGUGGACCUUUCAAAAUCUGGAAAGAAUUCCGUUUAUCUUCGUCACGUGGAUUUGAAUUCUGGAGGAAUGUACCGCUGCGAAAUAUCAGCCGAGGCCCCGUCCUUCGAUACUGCCGAAGCUGAGAAGGAAAUGAAAGUAUUUGUUCUGCCCUCGGAAGGCCCGACGCUCACGGGAGGCAAUCAAGAAUAUCGCAUUGGGGACACAGUAAUUGUGAACUGCACAUCAGCCAAGUCUAAACCAGCUGCCACCCUGAAAUGGUAUAUUAAUGAUGAACUAAUUACGACAGGGACCUACGGGCCAGUGGUGAACACCAGAGUCGCGACUUCAAAUAUGGUGAAAAGCGAAAAUCAUAAAAAAGUGGACUUCAGCCCUUAUACAUCUAAGGUAGGACCUGAGUAUGAGACAGAAUAUUCAACCACAUUACAUGCUGACGGAUUGGAAACUUCUAGUUUGGGUCUCAAAUUCGUGGUGACUAGUCAGCAUUUUCGAAAUGGCAACAUGAAGCUGAAAUGUACUGCGACUAUCUCUCGCAUCUACACAAUGAGCAAUGAGGAAAUGGUAUUUGGUGGAAGACAGCAGACAUCUGGACUUCACAUUAGCGAAAAUAUGAGUCAUAUGCGGGACUCAGCGUCUCAGAACCCUGCCGUUAGGUGGACAGUGGCUCUUCUGGCCUCCUGCUGUCUGUUAUUGUAUAAGUCAUAGCUUCACUAGACUGUUUUGUACGACGUACAACAUACGUGUUUGUAAAAAGUUUCAAUACUCAAAUAAACAAAUGAAUAAAUAUCAUAUAUAUAUAUAUCUAUAUAUACAUACAUGAAUUACGUUUAGUGAAAGAUAUAUAACUGGUGUAAUUUUGAUACAACGGUAAUAAAAUCAACCUCCUCGUUAAUCAUGUCUUACUCUUCUAAGCACUGAACCGAAUAAACAUAUUAAAGUUUUUCAA